AUGGUCACCAACAAUGCUGAGAAAGGAACCCCUGUCGCCCAUGAGAGUCCUCGCGCAUCGAGCCAUGAAUAUGUGGAAGACACAACCGCUCUAGAGGUAGACAACUAUCAUGGCUUGACACUCCGCACAACUCUGGUCUACGUGGCUUUGUGCCUUCAGUACUUUGUGCAGAUGUUCAACGUUGUCGGCUCCGGCGCAUUCUCAAGAAGUAUUGCUGCAUCUGUUGGCGGCUCAGACAAGACCGUCUGGUUGAGUCAGGCCAUCGUCAUCGUGACCGUUGUUCUGGGCCCUCCAGCCUCUCAAGCCGCCGACUACUGGGGCCGGAAGGUUUUCCUCGUCUUUGGCUCGGCCAUUGGCCUAAUUGGUGCAUUGAUCCUCUCUCGAGCCGAUACGAUGGGCCAGGCUAUUGCGGGACAAGUAGUUCUGGGCGUGCUCUACAUUGCGCAGCCAAUCCUCAUUGCAGUUGGUUCGGAGAUCCUGCCACGCCGUCUAAGACCGUUAGCGCAAGCUGGUCUGAACGCCGGUGGUGCUCUGGGUGCCGUCACGGGACUGUUGGCAGGCUCCGCGUUGACUGCCAACAGUCUUUUUGGCUGGCGUAGCUACUGGUACAUCAUCGCCGCUCUUCUGGGUACGUCAGCGGCCACCCUCGUAUUCCUCUACCGACCGCUUCCAAGGUCACUGCAACAGACCUUGCCCUUCCGCGAGAAACUUGCCCGCCUGGAUUGGAUCGCCUACUCGCUCCUGCCCAGCGGUUUGACGCUAUUCACCAUGGGCCUUUCCUGGGGCGAUAAUCCAUUCCCGUGGACGGAUGCCCAUGUCCUCGGCCCCUUGAUACUUGGUGGUGGACUUUUCCUGGCCCUCAUUGCACAUCAGACGUUUGUUAAGAAGGACGGUCUUGUCCAUCACGACCUGUUCAAGAAGGACCGAAACUUUGCACUGGCACUUGGCUGCUUUUUCGCAGACGGCAUGAUCUUCUGGUCGGCAAACAACUAUUACGCCUUCCAAGUUUCCGUCUUGUACGAAGACGAUACGUUGCUUGUAAACCUCCACUUCUGCAUUGCGUUUUUCACGGGCGUCAUUGCAGCAAUUAUGGUCGGCGUUAUAUCGACAUUUACGAAGUCAAUUCGUGAGCCCAUCGUUGCAUCUUUUCUAUUUUUGACCCUGUUCUUCGCUUUGAUGGCCACAACGACAUUGUCUAGCGCCAACGCAGUAUGGGGUUAUCCAGUGUUACUUGGUAUCGGUCUUGGGUGGAGUUUGACAUAUCUCAUCACGGCUGCGCAGCUCAGCGCCCCGCCCGAGCUCAUUGCCAUCACCAGUGGUAUCUUGCUCUCCAUUCGAUCUCUCGGCGGCUCUAUCGGGCUUGCUAUUUAUACGGCAAUCUUCAACUCAUCGAUUUCCACAAAAAUAUCCUCAGAAGUCCCAGCCGCCGUGAUUCCCCUUGGUCUACCACCGCAAUCUGUCGGAGCCUUCAUUGGUGCACUGUCUGCCAACGAUGAGGCAGCCUUUUCUGAAAUCCCUGGCGUCACUCCUGAGAUCAUUGCUUCCGGAAUUCACGCCCUCCAAGAGGCCUACCUCCAGAGCUUCCACCGGGUCUGGACAGCCGCUGCCGUGCUCUCCGGAGUGACAGUCCUAGUCUCAUGCUUCUUUAUCAACCCUGUUGGGGACUUGAACAACCAUGUCGAUGCUCCGUUAGAGGAGGAUUGA